GGUACGGUGGAGAUAAUCGUGGAUGGUGUUAAAAACAUGCUUGUGUCCUUAUGUUAACAUUGAUUUACUAAAAUGGAGGAGUAGCUGACUUUGCUUUGGUUGCCCACUGUAGAUCUGUGAGUUUAUUUAUGGUUCUGUUCUGGGAGAAUUGGGGGGAAAUUUGACAAUUUGUAGAUUUGACAUUUCGGUUUUCGAAAACAAUCUGAAGUCAAGGACCAAGGAUAGGAAACAAAGUAGAAAAAAUAAAACAAGGAACAAGUUCAAACUCGCUUGUGUUAAAUAAUACAAUUAAUAAUAACCACAACAGCCGAUAUAAGAAUUUCAAAACAUUGUUAAUAAAAGUUUUAAAUGUAUCGGUGAUAGUGAAUUCUGUGGGAUAUUGAAAGGACAAUAUGACGGCUACAGCGUCAGCGGUGACUGCUUCUGUUGACGAGGACUUGGACGAGUGUGGGCCACAGCUCAUCACUAAACUAGAGGGAAAUGGCAUUACAUCUGGAGACAUAAAAAAGUUAGAAGAAGCUGGUUACCACACAGUAGAGUCAGUGGCCUAUGCCCCUAAGAAAUGGCUCAUUACAAUAAAAGGUAUUUCUGAGGCGAAAGCUGACAAAAUACUUGCAGAGGCAUCCAAGUUGGUGCCUAUGGGAUUCACUACAGCCACUGAAUUCCAUCAAAAAAGAUCUGAAAUAAUUCAACUAACAACAGGCUCCAAAGAGCUUGACAGACUGCUGGGUGGUGGAAUAGAGACUGGAUCCAUCACAGAAAUAUUUGGAGAGUUCAGAACCGGCAAAACUCAAAUAUGCCACACACUUGCUGUUACAUGCCAGCUGCCCAUAGAACAAUCAGGUGGUGAAGGCAAAUGCAUGUACAUAGACACAGAAGGCACAUUCCGUCCGGAACGACUGCUAGCGGUCGCACAACGCUACGGCAUGGAGGGUGCUGCGGUGUUAGACAAUGUGGCCUAUGCUCGAGCUUAUAAUACUGACCACCAGACACAACUGCUGGUCCAGGCCUGUGCUAUGAUGGCGGAGUCAAGGUACUCUCUCAUUAUUGUGGAUAGUGCAACAGCUUUGUACAGAACCGAUUAUUCGGGACGUGGUGAGCUGAACUCCAGACAGUUACAUUUGGGACGGUUCAUGAGGAUGCUUCUGCGACUUGCUGAUGAGUUCGGCGUAGCUGUACUAAUAACGAACCAAGUAGUAGCCAACGUGGACUCAGUGGGCGUGUUCAACGCUGACACGAAGAAGCCCAUUGGCGGACACAUCAUUGCGCACGCGUCGACAACUCGACUUUACUUACGGAAGGGGCGGGGCGAUAACAGAGUCUGCAAGAUUUAUGACAGUCCGUGCUUACCUGAAACUGAAGCUAUGUUCGCUAUUAGUACGGAGGGAAUUACUGAUGCUAAGGAAUAGAUUUUAAAUAGUUAUGUGUCAAAAUAAUGGCUACUUCCAAAGGCUUUACUAACUUUCGAAUCACAUCCAAACAGAUGGUGAAAAUAUGGUGUGCUAAAAAAUUACAAACCACUAUUUUUACAAUUUGGAAAAUGACUAUUUUUUUAGUUUUGUGUUAAAAAAAUAUAAGCAUUUGUCUGUAGAAUGUUGAAACUCGGUGCCUUGAAUAUUAACAAAUAUGUGUAAUUUAAUAACAUGCGUGGCUUACUGUAUAAUUGUAAGUUUCUAUUUGUUUGAUUCACAUGUUUUUAUCUCAUUGUAAAUAAGCGAUCAUCCACCCUGUAUGAAGUAAAUAAAACAACAUAUUUAUAAUAAA